AAGGGGGUUAGAAAGGGAGGGAGCAGAGCGACACAGAGAUUAAGCGGAAGGUGCUUAGGAAAAGAAAAAGAAAAGAAGCAGAUUGAAGAAUUUUGAUGUCCAUCUUGCCCAACAAAGCUCAGGGAUCCACUUCGUCGUCUUCUUUGUCUCCUCCUUCUCUUAACCCUAAUUACCAACAUGGACUUUACACCAUCAACAACAACAACCACAACCAUUCUCAAUCUCAAUACCAAUACGAAUCUCCGUCCUCUCAAAUCCACGCCUUUGGAUCCCUCCGCAUCUCUCCUAUCCCUGUGUCCACCAACAAUUCAGCAGGCACAUCGACUUCAGCUGCGGAAAAUUCUGGUGGAUCUUCCGAAGCGGUGACUGAUUUGGAGACAUCAAAUGGGAAUAAUUUUAUACCUCACCAUAAUACCGACACACAUUCUCAGUGUCACUCUGCUAGACGAGGGGUUGGCUCAGCCAAAUCUAGAGGGAAAAUGUCAGGAAACGUAGUUUCUCAACGAGUUCAACAGAGGACUGGAUCUUCCAAUUCUCAUGGAAACUCUACACAUUCAGGAGGAGGAAGAAAAGCUCAUAUGACAAGUGGCAACCACUUGUUGAAUUUUCAUUAUGACCCAAUUUCUCGUCAGCAGUCUAGAGUUCCUCCUCCUCCUCCAAGAAGGCAGCACAAGAUGAAGCCUUACAACAAAGAUUUAUUUCUUCAGGCGAACUAUAAGUUUGUGGUCUUGGACUCUGGAAACUACACUCCUGAAUCAAUGGAUCCAGAUAAGAUGUUGCGGUGGGAGGACAUUAUCUGUGUGAGGUUUUCGACCCCAUCUGAAGUGCACUGUCCAAUUUGUCUGGAAUCUCCCCUUUGUCCACAAAUAACCUCGUGUGGACAUAUAUUUUGUUUCCCCUGUAUUCUUCGCUAUUUAUUAAUGGGUAAGGAGGAUCAUAAAGGUGACUGCUGGAAGAGAUGCCCUUUAUGUUUUGUUUUGAUUUCUCCAAAGGAUUUAUACACCGUCAACAUUGAGAAUGUUGAGCAAUAUUGCGUUGGAGAUAAAGUAGACUUUAUUCUUUUGACUCGAAGAAAAGAUUCAUUUGCUCUGUCGAAUAAAAAUAAACUGGAAAAAGAUGUCAUGCCAGGUUGCACUACAGAAAGCUAUGAUCCUUUUUCAAAGUUCACAUUUACAUCAGAUGUUGAUCUGUCAGUUAGAAAAUCAAUCUCUGAUCUAGAUAGUUGGUUAGUAAGGGCAGAGUCGGGACUUGUUGAUGACCUAGAGAAACUUCCUUAUGUAUGUGCAGCAAUGGAACAAUUAGAACAGAGGAAGAAGUAUUGGAAUGAGCAUCGGUCUUAUGAUAAUGAUGAAUCUUGUGAAUAUGCUGAUUGCAAUGCUGGUUCUUAUGUUAUCUCGGCAACUACGAUUGCUACUAAUGCUAACUCUGAGGUAUCUCGUUUUGAGCGUGGAACUUUAUCUAAUGAUGUCAGCAAUCAAAACAAGCAAUUGGGUAAUUCAGUUUUAGAUAACUUGGAUGGAGGGAAUUGUUCUGUUCAGUCUGUGGAUGUUACUGAGUCAUUGGAAGGUCAAGAAAAUAUCUCAUCGUCAUCAUACAAUGAAAUUCAUAGUACCCAAGGACCCUUGAAUGGAUUUAGAGAUGUAAAUGACAAGGACUUUUACAAUUUCUAUCAGGCAGCGGAUGGUCAGCACAUCAUACUUCAUCCAUUGAACUUGAGGUGUCUUCUACAGCAUUAUGGGAGUCAUGAUAUGCUACCCCAUAGAAUAAAUGGAAAGAUUUUGCAAUUAGAUACAGUAACUCAAUCAGAAGCCAUGCGUAGGCGCUAUCGAUAUUUAAGCCAUUUCUCUUUGACUACAACAUUUCAGCUUUGUGAAAUUGAUUUAAGUGAGUUAUUACCUCCUGAGGCUCUGAUUCCAUUUGUGGAUGAAAUAAAGAAGCGAGAAAAGCAGAGGAAGCAAGUUGCUAGGAAGGAGCGGAAGGAAAAAAUCAAGGCUGAAGCUGCCAUGGAAUAUCCUGUGCAUAUAGUUUCUAGUUUUGGGCAGGCAUCUCAUUAUGAAUCCCCCAGUUUUUCAAUGGAUGACUUUGAAGCUUUGGGAACUUCACCCCCUAUAUCGUCAAGCCCUCCUGUUAUCGGAGAACGAAAACUCUUCUCAAAUGUUACAAAGUUUGGUUUUGCUGCUGGGCAUGAUUCUCCAGGCUUGAAAAUUGAGGAAAACAAUCCUAACCAUGAUAGCGAAGUGGCAACAGAUUCUUCUGGUGUAGCUGGUUUAAGAAAUGUAGGAAUACCAUCAUUUGCCAAUGUGACAUCCAGGGCUAAAUCCAGUGAGAAUUCGAUGGCACAGAAGACAAAUGACUUGGGGAAGAAGGGUAAGAAAUCUGCUCGUGUCCUUCUGUCGACAGCUGGUGGUCGGCGCUACUGAUUCCCUUUUGGCACAAAUUUUUAGACGAUAAUGUUUAGUUUCAGCUGUUUCCUUCAUUAAAAGAAGUGUUUGUGAAUUAUGUAUCUGUAAAUGAUGUUAGAUGAACUAUUAUUUUGGUGUAGUAACUCUAUCAAGGACACGUGAAUUUCAACUUUGUGUAUAAAAAAAUAUAUAUGUUUUCCCA